AGUAGAUCCAAUAGAUUCAAGUAGCACCACUGCGACACUCACGCCAACUGCACUCCUUCGCCUUCGAAGCUGCCUCGCAACAUACACACCGUCGCCCUCUCUCCGACUGAGCAGCCUUGCUAUCGCUAUGACGGCCCUGUUUCCGAGCGGCGUAUCCACCGUGCUCGACAAAGAACAGAGUGAUCAAAGCAUUUCCUCUGCUGAAGCGAGCGAGCAGCGUAGCAGAGAUGUCGCGGACCUCGCAAAAACAUUCACAAAAGACUCUCAUCUCACCGUCAAUGGUGCGACACCAUUUGACUAUGCGCCCAACUCGCCACUCGAUCCAAAUGGCGAUUGCUUCAAUGCUAGGGCGUGGGUCAAGGCUAUGUAUGCCAUGCAACAGGCAUCCAACUCGGAAACCAGAUCCCUUGGUUACAGUUUUGAUAAUCUCUCUGCAUACGGAUAUGGCAGUGAUACAGAUUUCCAAAAGACUGUAUCGACUGUUGUUUUCGAAGCAGUCAAUGUCCUCAAGCGUAUCGUUGGCAUCAAAGGUAAUCGUGUACAAAUCUUGCGCAACCUCGACGGCGUCGUGCACGCGGGUGAAAUGCUCGUUGUGCUCGGCCCUCCGGGUGCAGGUUGUACCACCUUUCUCAAGACCCUGACGGGCGAGACUCACGGCUUUCAAGUCGAUGCCGAUUCGCACAUCAAUUAUCAGGGCAUUUCCUACAAGGACAUGAGUACACGGUAUCGUGGCGAAGCCAGUUAUACUGCAGAAGUUGAUGUUCACUUUCCAAAUUUGACGGUUGGCGAAACACUCUUCUUUGCGGCCAAGGCAAGAGCCCCUCGUGUCACCCCUGGCGGUCUCGCUCGAGACAAGUGGGCAAUAGGGAUGCGUGAUGUCAUGAUGGCGACUUUGGGAAUCAGUCAUACGGUCAACACAAAAGUCGGCAAUGACUUUAUCCGUGGUGUCUCUGGCGGCGAGCGUAAACGUGUCACCAUUGCCGAAGCAGCGCUUUCUCGUGCGACGAUCCAAGCUUGGGACAAUUCAACGCGUGGUUUGGAUUCUGCCAAUGCUAUUGAGUUCUGCAAAACAUUACGACUUCAAGCAGACUACUUUGGCAUCACGCCGUCUGUUGCUAUCUAUCAGUCUCCUCAAGCGGCAUUUGAUGUGUUUGACAAGGUACUCGUCUUGUAUGAAGGUCGACAGAUCUACUUUGGUCGCACUACCGAUGCGCAGGCAUACUUUGAACGCCUCGGCUUUGAAUGCCCAGCACGGCAAACCGUUCCUGACUUUCUCACAUCCAUGACUUCUGCACAAGAGCGUCGUGUCAGGCAGGGCUGCAGCAACGUACCAGAAACGAGCGACGAUUUUGCAGCUGCGUGGAAAGCUUCGCCGGAAUACCAGCAAGUCACCAAGGAAAUUGCAGUGUUCAACAAGGAGAAUCCUGAAACGGGCGACUCGCGUCGCAACUUUGAAGCAUCGAGAAGAUUGGAAAAGGCAAAAGGACAGCGUAUUAAGUCGCCAUACACACUUUCCUAUGGUGAGCAAGUCAGGCUUUGUCUAUGGCGCGGCUUCCGUCGUCUGUUCGCUGAGCCCGGCCUCACCAUCUUUCAGAUUGUCGCGAAUGCCAUCUUUUCGCUGAUCAUUGCGAGUGUCUUUUUCGACCUGCAACCAUCCACCGUCGACUUUUUCAACCGCGGUUCGCUUCUGUUUUUUUCGGUUCUGAUGAAUGCGCUGUCGUCUUCGCUUGAAGUCCUGUUACUGUAUGCGCAGCGCGAUAUUGUUGAGAAGCACGCACGGUACGCCUUUUAUCAUCCAUCUGCAGAAGCGUUUGCCUCCAUUCUCACCGACAUGCCUUACAAGAUCUGCAACAGCUUCAUCAUCAACAUCAUCCUGUACUUUAUGACGAACCUUCGAAGAGAGCCGGGCGCUUUCUUCUUCUUUGUGCUCGUCUCAUUUCUGCUCACGAUUGCCACUUCACAGCUAUUUCGAACAUUGGCGUCUUUUAGCAAAUCGCUCUCGCAAGCGCUCGUCCCAACGGCCAUCAUCAACUUGGCCAUGGUCAUGUUUGUUGGAUUCGUCAUUCCAGUGAUUGACAUGCUUGGUUGGUCAAGGUGGAUCAGUUACAUCAACCCUGUUGCAUAUGGCUUUGAAUCGCUCAUGAUUAAUGAGUUUCACGGACGCAACUUUGAUUGCUCUGCAUAUGUCCCCUCAUAUGGCAAUCUCGCGUCUGGCUCGCAAAUUUGCAGUACAGUUGGGUCGAUUGCCGGUCAAUCUUUUGUUGAGGGUGAGCGCUUCUUGAAUGAAUCUUAUGGCUACAAGCAUGAAAACAAGUGGCGCAAUGUCUACAUCAUUUUCGCAUUUGCCAUCUUCUUCUCAUUCACUUACCUCAUUGGCGUUGAGCUCGUGCAAGCGGCGAAGAGUAAGGGUGAAGUGCUCGUUUUUAAGCGCAAUCACAAACGCAAAGGAGAUCUUGAGGUGGGUCGUGUCAACAAGACGCAAAGUCAUGUACCAGAAACGAUUCAGCGACAAACGGCCAUUUUUCAUUGGCAAGAUGUGUGCUACGACAUUCAGAUCAAAAAGGAGACGCGUCACAUCCUGGAUCACGUCGAUGGCUGGGUCAAGCCUGGUACGAGAACAGCAUUGAUGGGUGUAUCGGGAGCUGGCAAAACAACACUCCUCGAUGUCCUCGCAUCGCGUGUAACGAUGGGUGUCAUUGAUGGCAAGAUCUUGGUCGAUGGGCAGCCCCGUGACGACUCGUUCCAACGCAAGACGGGUUAUGCGCAACAGCAAGAUAUUCAUCUCGACACCUCCACCGUACGAGAAGCCCUCAUCUUCUCGGCACUACUGCGACAACCUGCUCACAUUCCACGCAAAGACAAGAUCGCCUAUGUGGACGAGGUGAUUGACUUGUUGGAUAUGACACAGUAUGCAGACGCCGUUGUCGGCGUGCCUGGAGAAGGGCUCAACGUUGAGCAGCGCAAGCGGCUGACAAUUGGCGUUGAGCUUGCAGCGAAGCCUGCGCUCCUCCUCUUCCUCGAUGAACCCACCUCUGGUCUCGACUCGCAAACGUCUUGGGCUAUUUGCGAUUUGCUUGAAAAGCUGACGACUGCCGGACAAGCCAUUCUGUGUACGGUCCACCAGCCGUCCGCCAUGCUCUUUCAGCGCUUCGACCGACUCUUGUUUCUAGCAAAAGGUGGUCAGACAGUUUAUUUUGGCGAUGUUGGUGAGAAUUCCAAGACGCUUGUGCAAUACUUUGAGCGUAAUGGAGCGCAUCCUUGUCCACAGGAAGCCAACCCGGCAGAGUGGAUGCUUGAAGUCAUUGGUGCCGCCCCUGGCUCACACACCGACCAAGACUGGCACAAGGUAUGGCGAGCAUCGCCCGAAUACGAGCAAGUCCAAGCAGAGCUUGAAGACCUGGAACACAACUCCCAUCCAAUCAUCUCGAAAGAUGCCUCUCAGUACAACGAGUUUGCUGCACCGCUGCGCACGCAAAUCAUCGAAGUGACGAGGCGUGUGUUUCAGCAAUAUUGGCGAUCCCCGACUUACCUCUACUCCAAGCUUGCUCUGUGCUCACUUGCAGUCUUAUUCGUUGGGUUUGUGUUUUACAAAGCGCCCAACACUCAACAGGGCAUGCAAAGCCAGCUCUUCAGCAUUUUCCUCGUCUUUACCGUCUUUCCGCAACUCGUCAAUCAAAUUAUGCCUCACUUUGUUACACAACGCACCAUGUACGAGGCGCGUGAACGGCCGAGCAAAGCCUACUCGUGGAAAGCAUUCAUGCUUGCCAACAUUGGAGUCGAGCUGCCCUGGAAUACAUUGAUGGCAGUAGUUGUUUUCUUUUGUCUCUACUACCCGGUCGGCUUCUACACCAAUGCGACAUACACAAACACCGUGCACAUUCGCGGUUUCGAAUUUUUCCUCUUCACCUGGCAAUUUAUGAUGUUUGUGUCUACCUUUGCCUCACUCAUCAUUGCUUUUGCUCCCGAUGCGUCUGUCGGUGGUAACCUCGCACAAUUGCUCUUUGCUUUGUGUCUCAUCUUUUGUGGUGUUUUGGCAUCUCCCGAUGUUUUGCCACGAUUCUGGAUCUUCAUGUACUACUGUAGCCCAUUCACCUAUUUGGUCAGUGGCAUGAUCUCAGCUGGUCUCGCCGACGCGCCUGUGCGUUGUGCCUCUCGCGAAGUCUUGCGUUUCAACGCACCCUCUGGGCAGACAUGCGGCGAAUACAUGGCUCCAUGGAUCGCUAGCACAGGUGGUUACCUCUUUGAUUCAGCCACAUCGACUUGCGAGUACUGCCAGCUGGGUCAAACAAACCAAUUUCUGGCUGCCGUGUCGAUUGAACCAAGUUCUGGACGGCGUUGGCGCAACUUUGGCAUCCUCUUCAUCUUUCUCAUCUUCAACAUCUUUGCUGCGACCCUCUUCUACUGGCUUGCGCGUGUACCCAAGAAGACUAAGAAGGUUCGGCGAGAGGAGAAGGCUCGUAAAUUAGAGUUGCAGGCGCAGGCAGGCAAGACUCAAUAAUUGUUUGUACAGACGUGGCAUAUAGACUGAAAACUGAUUAUUUACGGAUGCUGUGA